AUGGAGCAGAAUAAGGCUCGGGAUUCGCAGAAACAUCCGUCAGCCCAUCACACGGAGAUGCUGUUGUCUUUACUCACGCAAAGAGAGGAGUUGCGGAAAGAUAUUCCUGUGUGUGCGGGAUGUAACCAGCACAUAGUGGACCGUUUCAUCCUGAAGGUUUUGGAUCGACACUGGCACAGCAAAUGUCUGAAAUGCAGCGACUGUCAGUCACAGCUGGCCGAAAAAUGCUUCAGUCGAGGCGACAGUGUCUACUGCAAAGAUGACUUCUUCAAGAGAUUCGGGACCAAGUGCGCCGCGUGUCAGCAGGGUAUUCCGCCGACACAGGUGGUUCGGAGGGCGCAGGACUUCGUGUAUCACCUGCACUGCUUUGCGUGUAUCGUGUGUAAAAGGCAGCUGGCCACAGGUGACGAGUAUUACCUGAUGGAGGACAGUCGACUGGUGUGUAAAGCCGAUUAUGAGACCGCCAAACAGAGAGAGGCGGAUUCGACGGCGAAAAGACCCCGCACGACAAUCACCGCCAAACAGCUGGAGACGCUGAAGAACGCGUACAAUAAUUCACCGAAACCCGCGCGACAUGUGCGGGAGCAGCUGUCGUCAGAGACCGGCCUCGACAUGCGGGUGGUGCAGGUCUGGUUUCAAAACAGAAGAGCAAAGGAGAAGAGGUUGAAGAAGGAUGCGGGCAGACAGAGAUGGGGUCAGUAUUUCAGGAAUAUGAAGAGGUCACGCGGGAGCUCCAAAUCAGACAAAGACAGCACGCAAGAGGAGGGCCUGGACAGCGAUGCCGAGGUUUCAUUCACAGAUGAACCCAUGUCCGAGCUUGGUCACUCCAAUGGCAUUUACAGCAGUCUGAGUGAGAGCUCUCCAGCUCUGAGUCGACAGGGUGGAGGUCACGCUUCAUUCCCUUUGGAGCACGCCGGCAUGCUGCCCUCGCAGGAGCAAUACCACGACAUCCAGGUCAGCAGUCCGUACAGCCUUCCGCAGUCUCCAGGAUCACUACAGGCUCUUCCCCGUCACCAGCAGAUCAUCUCCAGUCUGGUCUACGCAGAGUCAGGCCUGCCCAUGGUGGGUCAGAGCGGAGGGUCAAAUAUGACAGUGGGAGUUCGAAUGGUGGGCUGCGGGAAUGGCCCAAGCUCUGAUUUAUCCACAGGAAGCAGUGGUGGGUACCCAGACUUCCCUACGAGCCCAGCAUCUUGGUUGGAUGAGGUGGACCAUGGCCAGUUCUGAUACUUUUGUAGAUCUGGCCAGAGACCAAGAAAUUUGGUCAGGGAUUAUACAGUAGAUACCCUGAAUCUUCUCUCUUGGUCUUUUCAACUGUUUUUAUGUCAUUGGUAUGAAGAAAAGUGUUGGAAAAUUUGAAGUUGCUUAGCAAUGGACCUAAGACUCAUGUUGGAAAGUCUUGCCAAGGCUUUUGACUUCUGUUAGUCUCUACAAGGACCACAGCAUUAAGAAGAGCUUUAACCUGACGUAUUUUCCAAACAUAACACUUCCAGCAACAGCUUUCUACCAUAACUCAAAAAAAUUAUACAGCAUCGACGGUUUUUCUGUUUUCUAAUUGACAGUCUAAAGACAAUACGCACAAUUGAAAAAUGUGACUGCACCAAUCAUCAUCCAUCAUUGAUGUUAUUGAUGUAUAAAUGUGAUGUCACCAGUUUUGGUCAAAAUGUCUGGUCAUUGCCAAAUGUCUAUAUACAUUAUAUUUAUCAAUGUGGAGUCUUUAUUUUUAUACAACCUCCAUGGACAAUAUGAGAAACACAGAGACAUUAGGACUUUGUUUAUAUUUCACAACAGGGAUAGACAAGCUGUAGUUGUUGUCUCUUGCUAUUCAGUAGGAGUAUUUCUAUGCAUUUGUGUGUUUUCAGAUGUGACGUGAUGUUUCAAUCUAUUGCUCUGCUGGAAAUGUCUGGCCAAGAGGGGCC